UGUUCCAUGUCUACAGACAAAGCCGAGCUGAGUGUAGAAGCUAAAUAGUUGCCAUUUAAAUAACACAAGCAGUGACACGCCCGCCUUGAAUGCUGCACGUCGUAUUGAAUUGAUAUAAGAAAUCAAAUCGCCAAAAUGAGAAUGAUAAUAACUGAAAAUGCUGAUAGAGUCUCGGAAUGGGCGGCCAAGUAUGUGACCAAGAGAAUCAAAGACUUCAACCCGGGGCCCGACCGAUACUUUGUCUUGGGUCUUCCUACGGGUGGAACUCCGCUAGGGAUGUACAAGUACCUGAUCAAGUACUACAGGGCCGGUGAAGUUUCUUUCAAGUACGUCAAGACUUUCAACAUGGACGAGUACGUUGGCUUGCCCAGAAAUCACCCGGAGAGCUACCACUGUUACAUGAUGACAAACUUCUUCACUCAAGUAGACAUAGACCCGAAAAACGCACACAUACUUAACGGCAAUGCCGCCGACUUACAAGCCGAGUGCCAGAACUACGAACGGCUCAUCGAGGAGGCCGGAGGCGUACACUUGUUCGUCGGUGGCAUAGGUCCGGACGGUCACAUAGCGUUCAACGAACCCGGUUCUUCCCUGGUGUCCAAGACACGGGUCAAGACGUUGGCACAAGAGACUUUGGAGGCCAAUGCCAGAUUUUUCGACAACGACAUCGACAAGGUGCCCAAACAAGCUCUGACGGUCGGCGUGGGAACCGUCAUGAGCGCCCAAACGGUGAUGAUACUGAUCACGGGAUCUCACAAGGCGUUGGCCCUUCAUAGAGAGCCCAUACAAUUCUUUUUCGAGUAA